CAAACCAUCUCUGCAGCUGGCAGUGAUUUAAAAGGCCCUGGGCUCUUAGCUGCCUAUACCAGAGCCUGGGGCCAUUUAAAUCUGGAUUUAAAGGUCCCAGGGCUCUAAAGGUCCCACCCCCUGCUCAGGACUCUGGGGUAUAAUAAAUUCUUUAAAUUACUUUCACCCCUGGUGGAGGCCCACCAGCAUGGAUUUAGAUUGCAGUAGAAUUAUAGCCAAUGAUUGUUGGCAACAGAUUCCCCUCCAUUUCCACCCACACAUGUCCUCUCAUUUGCCUCAUCUGGUAUUAAAAACAAUUUAAUAUCUUUACAUAACAGUGCUGGGGAAAGCUGACUUGUCUAGCAAACAAAUAGUUUUCAAAUUCAGUUAACCGGUGAUUGGUGACAGGCUCAUUGCAGACAAACGUUAUCAUCAAUGAAUUACUUGCGUAGUGUGGAUGAAUCUUUAUUGUGAAGCUUUGCAACUCCAAAAAAUGAAAACAUAUGCUUCAUUAACAUGCGUCAAAGAGCACAAACUAAAUUCAGAUCCUAUAUCAGGUAAAAAUACCUGGUCAGAUUAGACUGUUUUUGGAAAUGUGUGUGUGGAAGUAAAAUGCAAACCCUUUUGUGUUAAUCCUUAAUAGCAACCUGAUUCCCCAAAUAAAGCUGCAUGCUUGGAACAGGAUAUAGUUGCCUGAUGAGUGACACUCUUGUGCUUUUAUUAUUUCUAUAAAACGAAUACAACAAACAUGUAUUUGGGUCACUAGCCGGGGGAGGAUUUUGCUGUCUGAACUGAAGUCUCUCCCUACGGGAAUGGGUGGAGAAGAGUCUGUAAUAGACGCAGAGAGAGUAAAAUCAUCUCCACCCACCAACAGAACAAAAGAAACAGCGACUGAAAACCCAGCCAGACAGCCCCAGUAUUGUGGUGUCUCCUCUGUAUUCUCCAGAGGGAUGAAACGAGAGCGGCUGGAUUUAGUUUCCUACUCCCUAAAAGGUCCCCCAAAGUUCACUUGCACUGUCAAUAUCGCCGUCUACUUCCAGCGCCUGCGCAGACGGCUGCGGCUGCUAUCUGCCCAGUAGGAACGCCUGCUUCGUGUUCAAUUCGGUUGAUCGUCUGGUUCGCAGUCAAAUGCUCUAUUUUGUGCCAUUUGGACGGGCGUUUCCCUUUAGUACUUUUGGAACCGGAGAACAUUCCACCCCUCCAGUUAUUACACGCAGCCUCUGUCACGAAUCUUUGCAGAUCCCGGAAGAUCCCUCUGGGCAGAGAGCUCGCUCCCAGUAGACCCAGAGAUUCAGGUGUGACUGAUGCCUAGCUGUCUGGGGCCUGGGCCAAACAUUUGCCUGAUCAUCUGGAGAACAAAGGGCUAAGGAAGAUGGAUGGCCAGGUGACAAGGAUGACUGUGGCAAUCUUUGAAAACUGUGUGUUCUUUCUUAAAGUGAAACAUUUACCCAUUCAGGAGAAGAACAGACUGAGAACAUGCAUUAAAGAAAAUGGCGGAAUAAUUUAUUUUGUGCUAAAUCAUGAGUGUACACAUGUCAUUGUGGAUAAUGUUGCUGUACUCAGCUCUUAUCAUCUGAAAACUAUUGAGAAGUAUCGACUCCCCAUUGUAAGUGUUGAUUUUGUAUGGAAAUCGGCUGAAGAAGGAAAACUUUUACAGAUUGAUGGCUAUGAGUCUAGUAAAUCAUUGGAAGGUAGUUCUGAUCAAAAGCCAAGACUUUAUGGUGAGAAAAACCACUCCUCUUCUGAACAUGACAUUAAGGAGAAACAGGAUGCCACUGAGAAGAAUGAAAACUGUGGCCGUGAUCCCACUCCCUUGGAAGUCAGUGAGAGCUCCGUUGGGCCCAAUAUGGAGAGCAUCAGAUUUUAUACAGAAAAUGAUCACGAUAUUCCUUAUUUUCCACAAGAUUUUGAAGUUGCAAAAUAUGAUGUCCUGGAAAAAAUUAGUACUGAGAAAGGCAAACAAGUUGUAGUUAUUGAAUUGCAGUGUUCCCAGAAAUCGUGUGAGUUUCCCUUUCGAAUAUCUGCACACUUCAGCAUGUCAGAUGGAUUCAAGAGUAAAGAACACUUCAUAGCAACUAAGACUUCUGAAGAAAUAAGAGAAAAUUAUGAGAUUUAUAUUGAAGAUUUGAAGAACCAGGAUUUUCUAUUAAGAGAAACCUUUCCACCAAGUGCAGACUAUUUAGCCUCUAUGAAAUUACAAGAGCUACUUCUAGAGGAAGCCAUAAAUUCAAGCACUUUAUCCCAAGAAACUAGUGCUUUUGUGGAACUGAUCUGGGCAGAAGCACUUGGUCAUUUGGAUCAUUUACUACUUGAACCAGUAAACAACAUCAGCCUAAAUGACGUGAGCAAAGGGGAAGGUAUUCUACUUCAAAUAAAGAAUGCAAUGAAUGAGGGAACAGCAGCAAAGGCACUGAAAGUGAUGAUGAUGGAGUUCUAUCGAAUUAUACGUCACAAAAGUGGAAUAGACUAUAAUAUUACCAAAAAACUGUUAUCUAGCAAACAGGACCUCUGUCAGCUAAUCAGAGACAUGCUUAAUGUCUGCGAAACAAGUAUGUCAAGCCCUAACCCACCAUCUCUUGCUAAAUACCGGGCUUUAAGGUGCAAGAUAGAAGCUAUCAAUCCAAACAGUGAAGAAUUUCUCAAUGUUAAACAGCAGGUGUUGAAAAAUAAUCACAGUGACUGUCCAGUGCAAGUUUUACAAAUAUACAGAGUUGGCAGAAUAAGUGAAACAGCAGAGUUUCUGAGCAAUCCUGGGAAUGUUCAGUCCUUAUUCCAUGCAUCAUCUGUGCGCAACUUCGUUGGAAUUCUCUCCCGGUAAGAACUUGCAGUCUUCCUUUUACCAAAGAUAGUGGUUGAAGAUCAUGGCAUGGAAAGAACUGAUAUUGGGAACCUAGGGAGUGGCAUUUAUUUCAGUGAUUCUAUCAGUACAAGCACUAAAUAUUCUCUACCAAGUGAAAUGGAUGGAACUCGACUGUUGGCUGUGUGUAAUGUGGCACUUGGAACCUGCUUGGAUUUGUAUAAAAAGGAUUUGUCAUUAACUAAUGCGCCAGCAGGAUAUGACAGCGUGCAUGGAGUCCGUAAAACAGCAAACAUCUCUUCAGAUUUUGAGGAUGAUGAAUUUGUUGUAUACAAAACAUGUCAGGUUAAAAUGAGAUACAUUGUUAAGUUUUGCCUUGCUGGAGACCAAGUAAAGCAGUUUCAGCCUGGAAUUGAGACAGAAUUAGAGCAAGAUCGGCCAGUGACCUCACAUUGUCAUUUACAACCCAAAGACUAUGCAUUACCAAGUAUAAAUCUUUUAAACCACGUAAAAACUGGUCUUCAGGACACAUCUGGAAACCCAGUCCCUCUUGAAGAUAUUCAUAUCAAGGGGAGGAUAAUGGACUUUAUAGCACAGGUAGUAGUGUUUCAGACAUACACCAAUCAGAAUGAUAAUUCCAUUGAGGCAAAAUAUGUCUUUCCUUUGGAUAGCACAGCAGCUGUAUGUGGAUUUGAGGCUUUCAUCAAUGGGAAACAUAUUGUUGGAAAGGUUAAAGAAAAGGAACAAGCACAUAAGGAAUAUAGAGAAGCAAUCAGUCGAGGUGAUGGAGCUUACUUGAUGGACCAGGAUGCCCCAGAUGUUUUUACUGUAAGUGUUGGAAACUUACCACCUAAAACUACAGUUCUUAUCAAAGUCACCUACAUCACUGAGCUUAGUUUUCAGGAUGGCUGUAUUACUUUUCAAAUGCCCACUGCUGUGGCUCCUUGGCAACAAGACAAAGCCUUAAAUGAAAACACACAGGAUACAGUAAAGAAGGUUUGUGUUAAACAAAUAGGAACAAAAAAGGGUGGAUUCUGUGUGGCCAUGUCUAUUGAAAUGCCGUACAGUAUUGAACGCAUUCAUAGUUGGACGCACACACUUAAAAUAAAGAAAACAGACUGCAAAGCCGUAAUCAGGACUGUGGAGAACAGUUCCUUGGACAUCAGUGGCUUUACUCUAGAAAUCUAUUCUCAAAUAUAUCUACCCAGAAUGUGGGUAGAGAAGCAUCCAAACAAAGAGAGUGAGGCAUGCAUGCUUGUAUUUCAACCAAAGUUUGAAACAAGUUUUAAAGGAAUCCAGCUGUCUGGAGAAAUUAUUAUUUGUCUAGAUUGCUCCAAUUCCAUGGAGGGUUCAACACUUGAACAAGCAAAGCAGAUUGCUCUCCAUGCUCUACAAACAUCUUGUUUUGGACAGAGAGUGAAUGUUAUCAGAUUUGGCACGAAUUUCACAGAAUUUUCUUCAUAUUCAAAGAAUAUCAAAAGUGAUCUUGCAGCAGUGAAGGAGUUUAUUAUAUCAGCUACACCUACAAUGGGAAAUACUGACUUAUAAACCUUACGUUAUUUAAGUUUGUUGUAUCCUUGUCGAAAGCGUAACAUUCUUCUUCUAUCCGAUGGGCACAUUCAGAAUGAGAGCAUGACCUUCCAAAUUGUGAAAGAGAAUGUCAGACACACCAGGUUUACAUGUGGUGUUGGUUCCACAGCAAAUCAUCACAUGCUGAGAUCUUUGUCUCAAUAUGGUGCUGGAGCAUAUGAAUAUUUUGACCCAAAAUCGAAGUGUAACUGGCUAAAAAAGAUAGAAAGCCAGACAUCGAGAAUAUUUUCUCCAGAAUGCAGUUCUGUCUCUAUUAAAUGGCAACAGUUUGACUCAAAUGCACCAGAGCCAUUACAGGCUCCUGCUCAAAUACAGUCUUUAUUUAACAAUGAAAGACUUCUUGUCUAUGUUAUCCCACGUUGUACUCAGGCUACCUUAAAUGCACUAAUAAAUGAUCAAGAAUUGCAAGCAAUGGUCUCAACCACUGAAUUACAGAAGACAACAGGAACACUUCUCCACAAACUCACAGCAAGAGCCCUGAUUAGAGAUUAUGAAGAUGGGAUACUUCAUGAAAAUGAAACAGAACAUGAGAUGAAGAAACAUACUUUGAAAGCCCUGAUUAUUAACCUCAGCCUGGAGAACUCCAUCAUAACCCAGUUCACAAGCUUUGUGGCAGUAGAAAAAAGGGAUGUUAAUGAAGUUCAGCAUGCUGGUCUUCCAAACAUUCUUGAACUUAUAGCUGAGGAAGAUAUAGACUUUUUACCCUACAUGGACUGGGAGCAUGAUACAUCUAGACAUGGAUACCUGUUUUCUAAUAGAGGAGUGGGAUUUGGCAGAUGUGAAUUGGUCACCACUGCUGCUUUCCUGUCUGGCCAGCUGGUGGGAACAGGGGAUAUCCCUGACAGUGCACAGAGAUUAGAAGGCAUGGUCCGACCAACAGCAGCCUCUGGCAGGCCCAAGAGAGAUGCUGCAGUGCUGGCUCUGCCUGGCUGGCAAGGAGCUGACACCAGGAUCCGCUGUUUGGAAAACGAGCAGGAUGCUAAUGAAGUUCAGCAUGCUGGUCUUCCAACAUUCCUAUGGCUUCAGGACGUUUAGACUUUUACCCUCUACGUACUGGGAGCAUGAUAUAUCUGGACAUGGAUCCCUGUUUUCUAAUAGAGGAGUGGCUGAA